AUGGGUUCCUGUGCUUCAAAAUCAGCCGAUAAAGGUAACGGCACUUCACAAAACCAACAAUCAGGUCAAUCGACACAAGGUAAGCGACAACAACAACUGCAAGCAAUCCAACAAAAGAAUAAGGAGAAACAGCAACAAAGACAAAGAGAACAGCAAGAAAAACACCUGCAGCAACAACCACAAUCACCAACUGAUUCAAAUGCUGAUGGAACUUUGAAAAAUGGUUCUGAUUUUUACGAAACUUUAAAACAUCCUUCUGAUAGUCUGAAUGAUAAUGGUCAUCACCUUAAAGAAAAGCAUUCUCAAGAAUUAUCCAAUGGCACAGCAAACAAUAAUCUAAUAACAAACCCAGUUGAUGCAGCAGGAAAUUCAAAUCCAAGUAAAGAUGUUAAAGUGUUGUUGUUGGGAUCAGGUGAAAGUGGUAAAUCUACUAUAGUUAAACAGAUGAAGAUUUUACAUUCAGAUGGUUAUACUCAAGAUGAAUUGGAAGAGUAUAGACCAUUUGUUUAUAAAAAUAUUUUGGAUUGUAUUAAGAAUGUGAUAAAUGCUAUUAUUGAUUUACAACCUGAUUUAAUUAAAAAACCCGAUUCACCUCAACUUGAAGAAGAUCGUGAAGAUGAUUUGAAAGUCACAGGAUUGACCAGUGAAAACAAUCAUGUUCCAAUUACAAAUGGAUCAGCCAUCAAUGAACCACCGAAACAUCGCAAACACAUAUUAGAAUACGAUAUGUUGAAUGAAAUCUUAGAUUAUGAUUAUCCAUUGGACUCAAAUCAACCAUUUAAUGCUGAUGUUGCUAUUAAUAUUAAGAAAGUUUAUGAGACACCAGAAGUAAAAGAAUUUAUGCUUCAACGUCAAGGUGAAUUUUAUUUAAUUGAUAGUACUGAUUAUUUUCUUUCUAAUCUAGAUAGAAUAUGUCUUUCUGGAAAUUAUGAACCAAAUGUUAUGGAUGUGUUGAGAACAAGAAAGAAGACUUCGGGUAUUUUCACUUAUACUUUUGAUCUUGGUAAUGGAUUAAAUAUGAAUUUAUUUGAUGUUGGUGGUCAAAGAUCAGAAAGAAAAAAAUGGAUCAAUUGUUUUGAUAAUGUUUCAACAAUUAUUUUUUGUGUUGCCUUGAGUGAAUAUGAUAAUUUCUUACUAGAAGAAAGUAAUACCAAUAGAUUAGAGGAAAGUUUAGCAUUGUUUGAUAGUGUGGUAAAUUCAAGAUGGUUUGCCAGAACUACAGUGGUAUUAUUUUUGAAUAAAAUAGAUGUGUUUGCUGAAAAACUAAAAUAUUCCCCCUUGGAGAAUUUUUUCCCUGAUUAUAAAGGAGGACCCAAUAUUUCUAAUGGAGUGAAAUAUAUUUUAUGGAGAUUUAAUAAAUUGAAUAGAUCAGGGUUGAACAUAUACCCUCAUGUUACUCAAGCUACUGAUACAUCUAACAUUGAAUUGGUAAUGGCAGCUGUCAAGCAAACAAUUUUAGAAAAUUCUCUUAAAGAUAGUGGUAUUUUAUAG